CUAGACUCAGGUUAUUUAUAGCCUGCUUUUGUUAGCUUAUUAGCUUGGUAGUCUGUUGAAGCAUGGCGUUUACAUAUGGUUAAUACCUGUCCACAACUCAGGUUGAAGCAUGACGUAUACAUAUGGUUGAUACCUGGCCACAACUCAGAAUGUGCAUAUCUAAUGCAACGUGUCGCUGUAGACAUAUUCUUAGUUACGAUGGACAAUGAAGUAGGGCAGUUCUUAACAACGGGAACACUGAGCUCCAUUGCUUAGCGUGUGUGCAGUCCUGUGUGUUAGGCAAGGUGGGUCUGAUUGCUAUACUAUCUAAGUAUCAGAUUAGCGAACCCUUUGAACGCCAUGAAUAUGUUGUACAUGCUUUGAUCUGGGGAUCUGAUCAUUAUAUCACGAUACACCUGGUCAUAGAUUGAACGUAUGUCAACUGAUCACCGUGUGUCUGUGUUAAUCGAUAUUGUCCAUAUUGCCUUUGCAUGUAGAGGUCUUCGAAUGAGUACUUUAAUGAUUUUUGCAGCUCUGAUCAGUCAGGUGUUUUCCUACCUAGUUAUGAAAUCGAUUUUGUGACAUAUUGGGGAGCACAUAUUUUGUGAGAUAUGUCUGCAUGAUAUAACGUUGUGAUUCCGAUCUACCAGUUCCCGUGUGACAGGGGUUCGGUUGAGGGGUCAUGUUUGUGAGUGGAUAGACGCAGAUAGGGUGAUAAAGCCUAUCUGUCUUCUGUCCUGUUGUGACAUUCGGGUGAGGAGGUGUUCGUGCCAACUCGGGUAUUCACUGAACUCGUUCAUGGAUUACAUACAUUUGCUGAAUGUCCUCUCACUGUGAAUGUGUUUCAUGAAGCUGUUUUCGUCCACAUAUUUUCAUUACCCUGAGACCAACUUGUGACUUAAUAAUUAUCCACAAGAAGGGUAUACAGACGUCUUCUGACACCAGCUGCCUAAAACAGCAUCCGCCUGAACACCGUGUGAUAAGUAUGAAGAGGUCUCUUUGCAAAACCUCCAGCGCUCCAGAACCGUUACCAAGGAUUUCACAUCGAAAAAAGACGACCUCGAACAAGAGGCAACCAGAGUCCAAAUCAAGACAUUAUUCAGACUUGGAUAUAUCUCCAUGGCGUCCUUUGACAGAAGCUGAUACCAUGGCUCUACCGGUGGUGCUUCACAAUAGGCCUACGCAAAUAGACAGAGGAAGACCUUCAGAAAGACAGGGUAGCAUGUCUGACAGGUCCUGGCCUGUCAGGAGAGACUCGGAUCUGUCCUUCACACAAGGGAUGGUGACAAUACUUCGCACGGAGGAUGAAGCUGACGAUGACCUUAUGUACACACCUACACGUCUAUAUGCUUAUGAUGAUGUUCCUGAAGGAAGUCCUGUACCAGCCCACUCGCAUACACAUUCACAUUGUCAUGGACUUGAGCUAGGAACCUAUGUAAACUCUGGGUUAGGGAUAAAUCAUAGCUUGGGUCGUUUCCGACAUAGUGAAGAAGGGAAGCAUCGUCUACAUAUUCAUGUUCCUGCCAAUAAAGAAGUUCCUCGGAGAAGUCCUGUACCAGUCCACUCGCAUACACAUUCACAUUGUCAUGGACUUGAGCUAGGAACCUAUGUAAACUCCGGGUUAGGGAUCAAUCAUAGCUUGGGUCGUUUUCAUCAUAGAGAAGAAAGGAAGAAUCAUCUUCAUGUUCGUGUUCCUGAUAAUAAAGAAGUUCCUCGGAGAAGUCCUGUACCAGUCCACUCGCAUACACAUUCACAUUGCCAUGGACUUGAGCUAGGAACCUAUGUAAACUCCGGGUUAGGGAUUAAUCAUAGCUUGGGUCACUUUCAUCAUAGAGAAAAAGGGAAACAUUCCAGCUCACGCUCCGUUCUGGCACCCGGUGGUGGAGACACCGGACUACAUGCUGGUCCUAGGCCACGACACGUGUCUUUUGAUCGUCAUACCCAUCGUCCGAGACACAUAAAGAUAAGAAUAGGCCCACCGAUGACACCGACAGUCUCUCCAACUGGAGAUCUUGGAGUUCCUGUACACCUAGGUGAUCUGGGACCAAGAGGAGACCUUCCAACUGCGCGUUCAAGCGUGAGAGAGUAUGGGGGACAAGGGAACUACAUCCAUUCACGUACCUUACGCGACGUUCAACCUGAAGACGAGCAAAACACCCAAAAUGACGACGCAAAACCAAAACUCACGUGUCCCGGACUUACACAGGAAGUGCUAACAUCCGGGUUGUAUAGUGAUUCCGAGCAAAGGGAGGACCGAGUUUCCGAUUGGUUGGAAGAAUGUGGUGGUAAACUGACACCCGCAUCGCUACCACCCCACUUGCCUGAAAUAGACAGUGAGAGAUAGUCUUCUAUUGGAUAAACAGUCUAACUGUGUUAGUUGUUUCAAAUCUCAGUCCCAGCAUUCUUCAAGCAAUACAGUUGUACAGUGAACAUAUUUUAAACGGCUACCAAAAUAACUGUGAACAUUAAAGUGAAAACCAAACACGAUGUAUGUCCGAUAUACGUCAUCUAAUUUGACUUAUGCCAUAUGCUCCAGUGUUAAUAUGUACAUGUAUUCAUGUGAGCUAUUGACUUGGCUUUGCGUGUGUUAGUGACGGGGGUGCCCAAGAGAGUAAGUGAUUUUGGUUUAACGCCGCUUAUAGCAAUAUUCCAGCAACAUCACGGCGGGGGACACCAGAAAUGGGCUUAACA